ACCACAAUUCUUGCCUCAGAACAAGUGCUGAAAGCAAGCAGGCAAGCAAGAAGGAGAGAGGAGGGGGGGGUUAUCCAAUCUUUUGUGACUUCACUGCCCUACUAGUGUGAACAAAAGAAAGGAAAAUGAUGCAUCCUGUUGCCAGUGGUAACUCCCCUUUCUGUGGGACUGGAAAGAGUUCUUGCCUUAAUGAUGACAAUGGGACACCGACCGAUCAAUUUGAUUUAUAUUCCACACAACAAACUAAGUAUAGCCAUGCAGUGAGCCACAAGCCAAUACCAUGUCAGAGACAAGAUGCACUAAAUGAACCACAUUUGCAAACCACAAGUGGCAGGAGUAUAGAAACGAAAGAUGAACUAAAGAAAAAGAAGAACCUCAACAGAUCCGGUAAACGUGGAAGGCCUUCAGGGACCACCAAAUUAGCGGGGUACAGAACAAGCACAGGCAGACCGCUGGGGACCACCAAAGCAGCUGGAUUUAAGACAAGUCCCGGUAGACCUUUGGGGACAACUAAAGCUGCAGGAUACAAAGUCAGCCCAGGGAGACCUCCAGGUAGCAUUAAAGCUCUAUCACGGCUUGCAAAUCUAAGUUAUACUUGUAGUACUGCAGCUUUCCCCUACUCUGUGGUGCAUAACAGAGGAGUGCAUGCUGCUGGUGAGACAAGUAGCAAGAUCAAGCAACCCACUGAAUGAAAAAGGAGGAAACUUGAUGAUAUUUCCUCAGUAAUUCGUUUUAAAUUAUCCAAGUUGUGACAUGUUUUUCAUUUCUUUUGUAACUUCUCCAUAACUUUCUUUCCUAUAUUUUUAAAAGAUGUCAUAUCAUGAUCAUGUUUCUUAUGUUUACAAGUGGACUCCUCAGUGAUCCCCUUGCUCCCAGGAAGCAAUUAAUACUAUUUUGUGUGACAAAUUUAUUGUGGCUCUCUUAGCCAAACAGUUAAGUAUUGAACAGCAGAAUACUGCCUCUUAGGUAAUUUAAAGUCACAAUAAAGACUUCGUUGAAAAUAAAUCAAAAUAAACCAAUGGUAAUUAGAAAUUUGCAAAUUAUGUUUUUAAACUAUAGCUCCCUGAAUUUCGUGGGAGCUGUAGUCCAGAGACAUAGAUAUGCACACCUCUAAUAGAAACCAGUUACUCAGUACUGCUUUACCUGUAAUAGAUCUUUAAACUUUGCAAUGUAUGUCUCUCUUUUUUUCUUUUAUAUAUUUUUUAAUACAAGAGAGUAGAAACUAAAUUUUCCACAAUUGCUGGAACUUAAAACGGACCUCAAAUAUUUGUAGAUAUUUCAAAAUUAUAUUUUUAAAAAGGUGGUCAUUCCAAGCAGUCAUUGUGCUAUCAGUUUCAAGUCACUGAAAGUUUUUUUAAACAGCUCAUAGCACCUGAUACAUAUUCAGAGUGCUGUUUUUCCGUUAAAGUAUGGUGACUCUCCAGAAUGAGCAAAGUAUUGGACACUGACAUAUAAUUUAUAAAAGCCUAAGACUACACAUACCAAAUUUAAGAUGAUUAAAUAUCUGAAAUAUUUUAUUAGUAGUUUUUUUAAAAAAGUACUGUUAAUUAUUGGAGAUUACGUAUAGGGCAUCAUGAAGAUUUUGGUUGAGAAUCUGCGCUUUUUGUGCUUUCUAGUCCAACUGACUUCAAGGAUAUCAGAUGUACACAAAAGUGUAGUAUGUGCCCUGUGUUCUAAAUCUGUCAAUACAUAUGUGAGUCUUAGGUGAUCUUGCAAUAUCUGCAGAUGGCAGCAGUUUUUAGGAUUUCAGAUAUUUGUUGUGGUUUAAAAUUACACUUUUCAGACAGAUGAUUUGUCAUCUUUAAUUACCUUGCCAGAAGUUUAAUUAUCACACAUACUAUAGAGAGCCUAUAUCUACCAAAGGAAGACAUUUUAUGGUUCAUAAUUGGAAAUGUUACCGUUGAUGCACAAGCAAGUUGCAAUUUGAUCUGUUUAUAGAACCAGAUACAGAUUACAGGAAUACAUCUAUGCAUGGAGGUGCGGAACUAUAAAUACAUUUUCUGACAUUUGUGCACCUAAAAUAAAUGUUCUGCAAUGAAUUGGGUAUAUGUUAUUUUUAAAUGUGUGUAUGUCUGAGAUAGACGGUGUGUAAUAUGCACAUUACAUUGUAACUGAAGAAAACUCUCAAGAUUGAAUAUAUUCCAAAUAUUUCUUUAGAACUAAAGCUAUUCUGAAACUAAGUUUACAUAUAGAAUAUAAAUUUAAAUUUGUAUGUUCAAAUACACAUGAGAAAGAGAUGGUUUAGAUGCAUAUUUGCAAAUUCAUGGAAAUACAAGUCUUUCAGGUUAAUUAGAAAAUGAAAAUGAACAGUGUUGAUUUUUUCCCCUUUAUAAGAUAAAUGUUGUGGCCUGCUGACAUUUUGAUGACAACUGAUUCAGUAAUGGCAACUUAAGAAAUGGAUGUCAUUUCAUGCCUUUUUUAUCAGGAAAAAAGCAGCAAGCCUUCAGGUGUUCCAGUGAUGCCUAACUCAUUAUGAGCUGGACUUUAUCCUGUAUUUUAUAAUAGGUGUGUUGAAUGGUUUUGGGGGGACUUUGUAUGCACUGGCAACCAUGAACCUCAAAAGUACUGGAAGGCUCUUUAAUCUAAUAAACUAAUGGCAGCUAAACUGCUAGGAAAAUAGUUUUUUUUUGGCUGAAGCUAUGAAGUUCAUUAAAUAUUUCUUCAAGAAACUUUGGAAGUGUGAAACUUUUUAUUUUUCCCACAUUGGUGCAACUUCAGACACACUAUGCUAAUGUGUGUACACAAUACUAAUGUGAGCUAAUUCACCCUCAGGACAUAUGUUGUGUUGCCUUUUUUGUUACCUUUUUUUUUCCAACCAAAAGGCUGCUUGAGGCCCUCUCUGAACUUGUCUUGGAAAGCAGCUGAAUGUAAAAAACCAACAAGAAUGGCACACCUUUAAGGCCAGGAGCAAAUUGCAUGUCACCAAUGUACCUUUGAAUAACUCUACUUCUUACCUCCUGCUAUUCUUAUUCUACCCUUUCACUUCUCAUAUGUGCAUCUCCUCAGUGGUGCCGUGCAGUGUGGUGGGAGAUAAUGCAAAUACAUUAUUGCUAUGGUGUACAAUGAAUUUUGUAUUCAAAUAUGCUGAGAAAAUUGUGACAGUAUCUGAGCAGCUAGUGCUAAUUUAUAAUGCUUAUCAAUUAUAUCUGAUGAAACAACCACCCACUAAAAAGACUAAUAUUACCAGUUGUGGAAAAAAGGAACCCCCCCCACCUCUUCCAUUUUCCAGAAGGGUAGUUAACACCCUGGAUUUGCUAAAAGAGGCCAGAAGAACACUGUUGGGCAUUUCUUGAUUCCAGUUAAUUUUCUCCUCUACUGCGGUUUACAAGUGCCAUUCUGUGGGGGGAAACAGAAGUCAAGAACCUGAUAUGUUUGAAUGGUAUAUUCAGAUAUUUUUGCUACUCCUGUAUAUAGUCUUCAAAAUACAUUGUGCUUUUCUUUUUUGUAACACUGUCUCUUGUCAUGACAAACACUGAAACAGCAUGUUAAUUCUUAUACUUUGAUAUUAUUGGAAAGUGGAGGAGGAAUAUUCCUUUCUCCCUGUAGUAUUAAUACAUGAUUUGUAAAACAAAUUGAUAAUUUUAUAUUAUAUAUAUAUUAAUUCUGCUCUUCAUAAGCUAGAAUUGUUGAUGUGUAUUGGCACUGUUCAGAAAAUCUUCAUGUCAAACUUGUACUUUAUUUUUCUUUAUGUUAAAUAUAGAUUUUUGUCUCAUCUUUUAAUAAAGCAUUUAGCAUAAUUAUGCAUUACUGGGGAUCUAUACAGUAGCCGCUACUUUGAACACAUACAGAAAUUGCUGAUCACUUUCUGUUGAUAAACUGUUACUUAAACUGUAGAACCAAAUAACUUACUACUAUUUGAAGUCUUGCACUGGAUAUUUUCAAAACCUUAACACAUGCAUUGAUAGAAAUUUAAUCACAGAGGGGACUAACUGUUGUGAAGGUAGCACUUUUUUUAAUUGAAAAAGAGAUCAGUGAUUCCUUUUACAUACCAAGCUUAUUUCAUGUUUUGCAACUUUAGUGUAUUACAUGUCAUUGAUCAGGGCUCAUCCAGCACUUGUUGCAGUGGUCCAAUUUUAUUGUUAUUCACAUUUUCUUUUAGUCUCUGGACAAACCCAGACAAAUCAGAGUCAUUCAUAAAGGAUGAGAAAUUUCUUUAUUGACAAUGCAGAAGGCAGUUAAUCUCAGAUUUUUUUUUUAAGUUUUGAAGGAUUUUGAAAGUCAGAGCAGUAGAAAUAAUUACUGUAUUUCAUAAGUUGUCAUUUUUAUGUGUGUACUGUAUGUACAGUGUGUAUUAAAUACAAAACAAUUGUUUGCAGUCAGUUUUUGAAUUUAGCUUAUACUCAUGUUUAUGCUUUUUUAUUAUCCAUAUAUUUAACGUAGUCCAAAUAAUAUACACAUCAUAAAAUACCAGAGCAGCCUUUCCAUUUGAUUUUUUCCCAUAUAGAUGAAUUUAGGUUCUGCAAAGUGUUAUCUGUUUCACCUUGAAAAUUAUACUAAUGUUAAUGAAAUUUCAAUACAUCUUUGCUUUAAAUGGGCCACUUCAAGAAUCUCAUCUUCCACAAUUUGCUUUUCCCGUAAAAUGGCUUAUUUUGGUGGAAGCAGUUGCUCAUUCAAUAUCAUUACCCUGUCUUCUGCUGUAAAAAGUCUGAUUAGAUACUGUGUAUGUUCCUAAGUCCAUGAACUUCCACUACUCGUGUGCAAUUGUCUGUAUGGGAAUGGAGUAGUGUUCAUUAUCUGUAUUUACGUCAUCAUAUGGAUGUAUAUUUAUUAAUAAAGUAAUUGCUUUAAACACCAA